UCCGGGGCUCCUCGCGCUCCCGGCAGUCAGCGCGAGACGCGGAGGACUGCGGACACGAGGACAGAGGACAGAGCACGCGGACAGAAUGAGCGGGACGCGCGCGGGACGCGACGGCGGCGCGGAGCGGCCGCACUGACGCGGGACACGGGACACGAGACGCAGGAGGAUGAGGCGCGAGGCGCGGAGCGCGCCAGAGGCGGGAAAUCAUGAAGUGGAGCACGAGAGGCGCGUGCGCGCUGCUGUCCAGCGCGCUGCUGUUCGCGUGCGCGCUCAGCGAGGUGGCGGUGGGACUCCGCUGCGUGUCCCUGGGCUCCGCGGUCAAGACGCACUUCCGCCUGAGCGGCGCGGCGGGCGCGUUCUACUCGGGGCUGCUCGUGGGCGGCGGACAGGUGCUUCUGGGGCUCGCGCUGCUCUGCUGCUCCGCACGCGCGCCCGGCUGCAGGAACCUCGCGCUCCUGGCGGUGGUGGUUCUGCUCUUGGGCGUCCUCAGCGCGUUUUCCGGAGCGGUGCUGGACGGAGACGCGGCGACGCUGGCGCGCCGGAAAUACUCUCACUUCUGCUUCCACGUGGGACCGGAGAACCCGGCGUGCGCGCGCCUGCGGGAGUACCAGCGCAGCCUCGUGCUGUCCGCGGUGCUGUGCGCGCUGCAGUGCGUCCUGGGGCUGCUCAACCUGCUCGUCAUAAAACGUUAUAAAGCCGCGCAGUUCUCCAGGCGGCAGCUGGCGCGGCGCCUGGCGCGGCAGAGUACGCAGUUGGCGCUGUUCGCGGAGGAGCGGGACGCGCGCGCGGAGCUGCCGCACGUGUCCUACAUCAACUUGGCCGUGACCGUCCUCGAGGAGCCGCCCGGCGCCGAGAGCACGCGCAGCGCGCACCCGUCCAGAGAGCUGCCCGGGUACGCGCCCGCGGACCACUACAGCCUCCCGUUCUCCACAGCGCCCCCCAGCGACCUGCCGCCCGCCUACGAGGACAUCUUCCCCGCGCCGCCGCAGGAGGCGCUGUGCGCAGGCGCAGCUCCGCGAUGCGCCGGACACGUGCGCCGACACAGAGACACUUUAUAA